AUGUCCAUCAUCCAGCAGCACACCGCUGACUCGCUCAGCGACGCCUGGCGCACCGUCAACGUCGAUGCCCUCGACCCAGACUCGUCCCUCAACUUCGACCUCUCGACCCUCCACCCGCCCUUGCCCGAGAUCUCCGAGGACGACGUCCGCCAGCUCAAUGGCCAGGUCCGCCAGCUGCUGCGCGGCGGCGAUGCCGAGGGCGCACUGAGGGGUUGCCUCGAAACGCCCGUUUACAACGGCUCCGACGCGGCAAAGGAUGCCCACCUCCAGACUGUGGUCGAGGUUCUACAAUCAAUCAAGGCGAGCGACAUGACACCAAUGUUGCAACGCAUCUACGGCUCGGAAGGCGGCAGCGAGCUCCUCGACGUCCUUAUGAAGUACCUGUACAAGGGCAUGGCGGGCGGAUCGAGUGGCAGUGCCAAGGCGCAGAGGCAAGCGGCCACACCCCAGUCCACCGGUUUCAGCCAGGUCAGCGGCCGGCCGAGCGCCAUGAACGAGUCUGGCGGGCAGGCGAUGAGCGUACUGUUGAGCUGGCACGAGAAGGUGGUGGACGUUGCUGGUCUGGGCAGUGUAGGUCGCUGCAUGACCGACUGGCGGAAGGUUUAG